AUGGAAUCUGAUGAUGGAGAUCCCCUCGACUGGACAGUCGAUGAGGUAGUAGCCUUCCUCUGCCACAAUCCCGAGACACCAUGGUCCCAGUCUGCGUCGCAGGCCCCUCGGCCAAACCCUGUCCAGUUCGAAGCCGCUCUGCGAGAGAAUCUGAUAACCGGGGAGGUGCUGUUGCAUGAUGUCGACAAGGAGACUCUACGGGAAGAGCUUGGGCUCAGAGCUAUCGGUCAUCGUAGUUCUAUGCUCAUGGCAAUACGCUACCUUCAGGGACGUUCUCAAAAGUACCAGCGUUCUAGGGUGGAGCUUGCUUCCCAACUCGAUAAUCGUCGGUAUUCAGUUACCCCAAGUCACUUAGCAUCUGUUACCCCAGGUCCUCUCCAGGAAUUCUCGUCACCAAUUCACCAGAACUCUGUGCCGCCAACAGCGACUCCUCAGAAUCUAUCAAUGCAGCGCCCUCAUUGGAUGACCCUCUCGACAUCUACACUAUACCAGACCAAAAGGACCCUUCCCAGGGAUGCUCCGACUUCCAGUGGUCCGAGGGCCGAUGAGUCUACUACAAUAACCACUACCGCUAAAGGUAGUGAAAGUGCAACCGAUACCAGCGAGAGGCCUCCAAGCGUCCCUCCAGCUGCCGUUAGUCGAACGCCUGCGGAACAGCAUAUAGAUCUAUCCAACCCCGGCGAACGCGUGCGUGCUUAUGAACACGUCGUGGUUGAUGCCGAAGGAAAGAAGCGACGCAGGCUGGAUUUGAGCUCUCUGCCUGAGCCACGAAAAACCCCUCGUGUGUCGAAGCCCUCGAACAUUUCGCAAGACAAGGAUUGGUACAUGGGACCAGAUCGAAUUCUGCCUUCGCAAUUAUUCUAUCCGUCUACGUCUGAUGAGGAGGAUCAUUCAUUCGUAAUGCUUAGUCCUCCGAAUUUGCCUACCGCUCAGCGCCAUUUUGUGAGAAAGUGCAUGAAUUAUUUCUUCAGACAGCAGCCCAUUCAGUUGAGCUCUGAUAAUGAAACUAGUCAACUGGCUCUGAUCCCGUAUGACCACUCGAAGAUUAAUGAGCACAGCGAGAAAUUCUUCACCUUGUACACUGCCACGAAUGGGACUGUUUCUGUUACACAGGAGGACAUAAAGAAAUGGCCCCAAUUAGAACAAGCAGAGGCUGCCAGCUCCCGAUCAUCGCAGACACUGGAACCAUCCGACCCAUACUCCUAUCUCAUUCAGAAAUACCCUGCUGGGGAAGACAACCAAGACGUCUGCCCAUUAUACGGUGACUCGGGUUCAGAAGGAGAGUUUGAUGAAGAAACUUGGCAGGAGAUUGCUAAUGAACGCGAUGAUGUUGCUCAAAGUAAACCGGCAAAGUUGACUCCCGCUGAGGUCGAGGCAGUCGUGGAAGAUUGUAUGGCUGAGUUUGUGGAUCGGUGGCGCCAGAAUGGCUUACCGAAGGAGGAAUUCAAGGCCCGGAAGCUUUGGGUCACAGCUCGCAGGGCCAAGUGUACUUACCAAAGAAUCAAGGCCAUUAAUCGCGACGUCACCUUGCUGGAGAAGCGGUUAGGCAAAGUGCUCGAAGCAAUACGCGGUAGUGAAUAUGCCUCAAAAUCGGAGUUACAAACACAGUGUCAAAGCAUGGAGCAGACUGUUAUCGAUAUACAGAAACAAAAGUGGCGGAUCUCGGUCUUGGAGGAAGAGAAGUGUCCGCCAAAGGUUGCUGCUCCCCCCAAAACAAAGCUGCCAAAACUGAAGACGAGUGCCGCGGACGAGGAGUCUCUUGACUCAGAAUCCGACGUGUCUUCAGACUUCCCAGAUGACUUCAUCGACGACUCCGAGGUUCAGGAACAGACGUCGUCUAUUGAGGACUUUGAGAACGUGGACAGCGUCGGCAGAAGGCGAACACCGACGCCGACGCCUUCAACGUCCGAUAGCGAUGAUGACAUUAUCAGUCCUUCGGGAAUCAGACGUAGAUCAAGGGCCAAGAGGUCGCCUUUCAUGGCAACCAGCUCACCCUCUCCUGCCCCUUCCGGAAACGCGCUACGGGCGGAGAUUAUUGACCUCACAAUGGACUCUCCUUCAAUUUCAGCAGAAGAAUUCAGGAUCGAAACGCCGCCACUCAAUCCUGUGCGACCCAGGUGGACAGAAUCGGACGACAUUAGCUUGAAGAUCGAACGAAGUCCUUCAAUAUCUCCUGGCCCCCGACUGAGCUCCAAUGUAAUCGUCGAGAUUCCGAACCGAAGACCAGAAAUCAUCAACCGGAAGUCUGAAGGGUCGAAAUCGACGCGCAAGUUCGACACAUCAGAUCUGCCUGACCACAAUGAUUUCGUUGCUCUGCUGUCGUACCCUUGGGAAAUUCUCGAGGAACGCCACGAUCGCCGUAGAUUGCUUGCGAAGUUAAUUGCAAGCCUGCCCGACCGGGAGCGUGAAGAGAUGGCUUCAUCGAUACCCGAGUACGAAUACGGUGAAUUGAAUGACCUUGUCAAGCAGGCUCUCCGAAUUCUAUCGAAAGACCAGAUGGAGAUACCCCAACUCGAUAGUGAAAAGAGCCGGCUAUUAAUGCGGACCGCCUCACAAUUCAUAUCUUGGGUGAAUUGCAUCCACAUUCCAAAAGGGAUCUCCAGGAAGCACAUCCACAAGGCUCAGGAUAAUAUUGCUGACUUCAAAGACUUCCACAAAGAGCUUUGCAAGGGCCUAGGACUUUGCAGAGGUCUGAAGUUUUCUGAAGAACGGAGCGAGAAGAGCACUCGCACCUCAAGCGAGCAUGUCGAUGAGUCAGAGGGAGAAAAAUCCGAACUUGUCCACGCGCCUCACAAGAAGCGGAAGAGGGAAGUAAAAGAAAGUCAAGAUGCCAAACGAAACCAAGCAAGUGCACAGCAGCGUGUAGUGCGGCAGGAAAAAGAGCGAAAAAGGCUUGAACACAAGAUGAAGCGCAUGGGUGUAAGCAACACCGAUCCUACUCGUCAAGCAGUGAGCUUUGGAGAGCCAAUCAUCUACUUGGAUCCACAUAUUGGCCAACGCGUGAAGCCGCAUCAACUGAAUGGCAUUCAGUUUAUGUGGCGAGAGCUGAUACAGGACGAGAAGCAACAAGGCUGUCUGCUCGCCCACACGAUGGGUUUGGGAAAGACAAUGCAGGUCAUCUCGCUGCUUAACACUAUAGCUGCUGCGGCUGCUUCCAAUGAUCCGAAGAUUAGCGAGCAGGUCCCCGAGUGCUUCCACCGAUCCCAAACGUUGAUCCUUUGUCCUUCAUCCUUGAUUGAUAAUUGGUACGAGGAAUUCCUCAUGUGGACACCUGAGGAAUGGAGAAUUGGGCCUCUGAGAAAAGUUACGGCUUCGAUGACAGCAGUUUCUGAGAGGUUGCGACAGGUAUCUGAUUGGGAUGAAGAAGGUGGAAUUCUGAUCAUGAGCUACGACAUAUUCCGAAAGUGGAUACACAAUAAGGAGACGGAAAAGAUGCGCAAACCUCUACGGGAUGAUGAACAUGCAAAUGUGAGGAAAUGGCUUCUGGAGGGUCCAAACAUCAUUGUCGCCGACGAAGCUCAUAAAAUGAAGAAUUCUACUUCGGGAAUAUCUCGAGCGGCUGUGCAGUUCCGUUCUAAGACUCGUAUCGCCUUGACCGGUUCUCCUCUUGCCAACAACCUGACUGAUUACUUCACCAUGGUGGACUGGAUUGCCAAAGGUUAUCUUGGGGAAUUUCCCGAAUUCAAGGCAAACUAUGUGGAGCCCAUCGAGGAAGGUCUUUACGUGGACAGCACACACUAUGAGAGAAGAAAGUCGCUCAAGAAGCUUCAGGUACUCAAGGAGAUUCUUGAGCCGAAAGUUAAUCGGGCCGCUAUCACCGUGCUAGAAGGCGAUUUGCCGCCAAAGAUUGAAUUUGUCAUCACUGUUCCCUUGACCGAACUGCAACGGGCCGCGUAUGAUUCCUACGUUGACUCUGUAGUUCAGGGGAAGGUAGAAGUUCCAGGAACCGCAAAGCUUUGGACUUGGAUGGCGAUCCUUGGGCUGUGUAACAAUCAUCCGGCUUGCUUCAGGGACAAACUACUCAGCCGCGCUAAUGAGGCGCAAAGGGCAGGGUCAAGCCUGGACGAGAUGUUACCAGGCGAUGAACCUAUAACACAAGCGGGCAUUCCUGAUUCCGAGAAGCUGGUUGUCGAGCAAGAGCGGCUCUUCGCCAAUGUUCCUGACAUGAAGGCGCUCAACUUGUCGUAUCGGGCACAGCUCCUCGACAGGAUCAUCAGCGAGUCGAUCAAGGCCGGUGACAAAGUGUUGGUAUUCUCUCACAGCAUACCGACUCUCGAUUAUGUUGAGCAUGUCCUCAAGGUCUCCAGUCGUAGUUAUCGCCGUCUAGACGGAAAGACUCCCAUCAACACUCGACAAGCGGCGACUAAGAGUUUCAAUACUGUUUCUGAGGAGAAAGUGUACCUCAUCUCAACCCGAGCGGGUGGAUUGGGCUUGAAUAUUCCGGGCGCGAACCGCGUGGUGAUAUUCGACUUCUCGUUCAAUCCUAUCUGGGAAGAACAGGCUGUCGGACGUGCAUAUCGUCUAGGCCAACAGAAACCGGUAUUCGUCUACCGCUUCAUCGCUGGAGGGACAUUCGAGGAGAUUAUCUACAACAAGGCCAUCUUUAAGACACAGCUUGCCGUUCGGGUUGUGGACAAGAAGAAUCCGAUUCGCUGGGCGUCUAAGAAGCUCAAUGAGUACCUCUUUCCCGCUAAACCGGUAAAACAGCAUGACAUUUCCGAAUUUGUAGGGAAAGAUCCCUAUGUGCUGGAUAAAAUAAUCAAAGAAGACAACGGCGAGGAACGGGCAAUUCGGAAGAUUGCCCUCACCGAGACCUUCCAGAGAGAAGACAAUGACAAGCUCACAGAAGAGGAAAGGAAGGAUGUCCAGCAAGAGCUCGAUGACGAGCGGCUGAGGCGUACUGAUCCCCAGGCGUACCAGCGGCUGAUACUUGAGAGACAGAGGAGGGAAGAGCACGUGAGACAGGCGGAGAGACUAGCAGCCUCGAUGCCCAUGUCUCAGCCUCAAGGGCAAAGCUGGCCUGGCAGACCCAACAUGCCAAUUCACUACGCGGCCGCGCAGCGAGCCCGGGUUCCACCGUCUCAAGUGCCUCCGCCAUCUACAGCUCCCGCUAGGUCACAUGACAGUGGGCCACCUGCUCCUAUUCAUACUUAUAAUGAUGGCCCAUUCGCUCGUGCACCGAACCAACCCAUCUUGCCACGCUCUCAGUCCACGUCGAAUGCAGUGGUGGCUGCGCCUCAAAAUGCGGCAGUUCACGAUGCUCAGCCUGCGCCUCGGGCUCAGAGCGGGCCACCGCAACAAGACGGCAUGGUCCCUUCCGCUCUUCCAGAACCGUCUUUGCCGUCUUCGCAGUCCUCCGACCCACCAUUACGCAUGGAAAGCCGCAGUGCAAGUGCUGAGUCGCAACCCGGGCAAAUGGACGGGGGCAGCUUGCAACCUGCACGGUCAAGGGAUGACAAGAAGGACGGAGGAGGCUCCUGCAAACCGCAGUAA